GCUCUUUCUUUCGCCCGCUGCUCUUUCUGUUCACAGCACCAAGCCAGGUCCCAAAGAAAGACCCCUAUCCUCACUUCUGUUUACGAAAAAUGUGUAGGGUGCUUUCUUUCUUCUCUUGCGCGUCUAGAUAACUUCAACUCAAGCAUCUUGACUAUUUUAACCUUUCAUUGUUUCAGUUUCAUAGAAGCGAUCAUUUAGUAGUAUUAGUUCGGACGUAUGCACCCACUCUCAUAAGCAGGAAAGCCGGUCGUUGAAAUCUUGUCUCUCUCUUUUUGGGUGUCUACAUUCAUAGCCGCUUUCAGAUCCUCUAGCAAUGGCGUCUCCUCCGGGGUACAGAUCGGCCAACCGUAGCCCACCUCCUACUACUAUUAAUAGCACUAGAACCGGUAGUUCUCCUCAAGCCUAUCAAGGACGACUAUCUCCUUUGACCUCACCAGAAUUUAGGCCGAGAUUUGCUACCUCUGUCUUCCGUUCGUUACUAGACACCACAGUAAGCAGUACGGCGAUUAGUGGUAACAGCGGGAAGCGCAAAUCUCGGCUAUUCCUGAUUCUUCUGGCGUCGCUGAUCGCCCUUGUCUUCUGCAAAGCAUGCAGCACCACGCAAUGCCGUUCGAUCUUCCAAGACAUCCUUCCCAUCCGACCGUUCAUCUCCUCGCAGCAGAUCGACGGUCGACACGGGCUCUCUAUUCUUAGCUCCUGGAGCCAUCAGCAUGGCUUAAGACUAUCUCGCGUCGCGACUUUCAAUCUGGACAAUCGUACCAGUCUGCGAUCUUUCGCGUAUCCGUACGAGCUCCUUCCGGUACCUGUAACGGCCGUACCGGAACAUCUCAAAUGGACGGAUGCGUACCCCGAAUGGGUCAACCAAUCGCUGCCAUCGUCCUGCCCGGAAAUUCCGCAACCAGAAACGCCCUCGUGGUUGGGCGACGUGGAUGCGAUCGUCGCAUACGUCCCGUGCGACAAGCCGAGCGACAUGCUGGCGAAAGAUAUUCGCUGGAUGCAUCAGAUGCUUUCGCUCGCCGAAAUGGUCAUGAAGCUCGACAAGCCAUGGCUGCCGCUGCUGCUCCUCUCCCCGUGCCGCCCGCCGCCGAAUCUCUUCCACUGCAGCCGAUUGGUGCGCAACGAGGGCCCCGUAUGGCUCUUCAACGUCUCCGCAGCUGACGUGGCACCGAGAAUACAGCCGCUCGGGUCGUGCGGCAUGGCACAGCCAAUCAAAGGAGAUCCUCCAGCAAUUGGUACAGUGGCGUACGCCACAGUGCUGCAUACCACGGAGUCGUAUGUGUGCGGCGCGAUGGUGCUGGCGCACAGCAUUCGGCGCAGCGGCAGCCAGCACGACAUGGUGGUGCUCGUGUCGCCCGAGAUCAGCAACCGCAGCCGCGACGCGCUCCGGGAGGCCGGGUGGAAAGUCAAGGAGAUCGAGAGGAUCAGGAACCCGUUCGCUCGGAAGAGCACCUACAACGAGUGGAAUUACAGCAAGCUGCGCCUGUGGCAGCUGACGGAGUACUCAUCGGUCAUCUUCGUGGACGCGGAUCUGCUCGUGCUGCGCAAUCUCGACCACCUCUUCGCCUUCCCCGACCUCUCAGCGCGCGGCAACGACCAGACCGACUUCAACUCCGGCCUCAUGCUCAUCCGCCCCUCCCAGUGCACCUUCCGGGAGCUCUUAGCCAACGCGCACACCAUCCGAUCGCCCAACGGCGGGGAUCAGGGCUACCUGAAUAAUUACUUCACCUGGUGGCACCGCCUGCCUGACUCCGUCAACAUCUUGAAGCACGUGUGGGCAACGGAAGAGACAAAGAGAGCCCAGGAGCUGGAGAUGAAGAACCGGUGGUUCUCGGAGGAGCCGGCUGAGAUCCAUACGAUCCACUACCUCGGACGCAAGCCCUGGCAGUGCUACCGCGACUUUGACUGCACGUGGCUGUACCCGCUCGACCAUGCGUAUGCGAACGAGGCGGCGCACCAGCGGUGGUGGAAGAUGCAUGAUUCUAUGCCGGAGAAUUUGCACCAGUAUUGCGGGUUGCGGAAUCUGCACAAGGCGGAGAUUGAGUUCCGCAUGCGGAAGCUGAAAGCGCAGGGUGCGCCACCGGCGUUUUGGGAUUUCGAGGUGAAGGAUCCAAGGAAGGAGGAGUGUAUGCCGGACCAGAUCUCAUGUGACUGGAUGGAUUAUUUGAACCACUGGAAGGACGAAGAGACGUGAUAGGGUUAAGAGUGUAACAUCCCUCGUCCUCCCGCCCCCCUCUCGUCGUCCCCCAAACCCCCCAUCCCCUCCCCUCUUUUCCCCGUCCCCCCUUGCCCCUUGAACUUACCAUUUUGUAAAUAUGGGUGCCAUAAUGCCAUUGGUGCAAAAGAAGCGUUA